AUGGCUUCUCACACCUCUCGCAUUGUUGAUCUGGAGACGCAGAUGGCGUCGGUUCAGCUUCAACUAGAGUCUCAACACCAAGACUUGAAGACCGCCAUUGCGGAGCUUGCUGCGUCCACAAAGGAUAAUCUAGAUGCAUUGGCGGCGUCUUUCGCUCGCAGUCGGGAGAAAUCUCCGGUUCGUUCGCCGCCGCAAUCGCAGGCUCCCUUCGCCGAGGCACAACAUUUUCGUUCUCCGCAGCGGCGACCAUCGUUACUGGAUCACUAUCCUCGCUUGGAGUUCUCCUACUUCUCAGGUUCCGAUCCUCAUGUUUGGGUGAUCAAGUGUCAUAAGCUCUUUAUUCUCUACUCGAUUCCUGAAGAAUAG